AUAUUAAAAAAUUAAAUGAAAAUAACUGCCAUCUCUGACUGUACUAACAAUGAAUUGAUAUGGAUAUUAUUUAAGUAUACAUUGUCGAUAAAUGUAAUUUCUGCUACUGUCUGAGAAAACAUUGAAUAAGUUAAGAAUAGAAGUGUAAUGGAUAUUACUAAUCCAACUCCACAAGAUCUGCAAAGAAAAUUAUAUUUUUUGGUUGAACAACUUCAGCAUAUGGCCGGAGAACUUCCACCGAAAUAUCAAAUGAGACUUCCUUAUGAACUAUUGUCUGCUUUGGCAAAUUCCCUAUUAAAUGAUACCAUUUUCGAAAUUGUCAAAGGUUUAAUGGAAAUACAGCAUGUUACGGAAAAACAUCUUUUUCAACAAAGACUGCAACUGCUAAACCAACAGAAAAUUGAAGCUCAAGAAACAUUGUCAAACGUAAUAACGGAUGAGGAAAGAAUUGAAAUAAAAACUGCUCUAUAUAAAAAACACAAAGAAGAAUUAAAACAAACUGAUAUGAAACUAGUAUUACAAUUGGAUCAAAAAGUAUCAGAUCAACAAAGUAUAUUAGAAAAAGCUGGUGUACCUGGGUUUUAUGUAACUAAUAAUCCUAUUGAAAUUCAAGUACAAAUGAGGUUAUGUGAUUUUAUAAUAAGGUUAAGUAAAAUGGAAGUACCUAGUUAAUUUCAAAUGUUAAAUAUUAUUAUUUACUUAAAUAUAUUGAACUUAAAUCAUUAACAUAUUUUAUAUGAAAUUGUAUAAAACAAUAAAAUCAUUUUG